CUCGGAAACAAAACCGCCGCUCAAAGGCCGGCGGCUAUCGCUUCCUGUAGCUCACAUUUUUACUACAGUUUGGAAAGAAAUGGCGGACAUGGAUGAAUUGUUCGGUAGUGAUGGAGACAGCGACAAUGACCAGAGAGAGUCUGGCUCUGGCUCUGGUUCAGACUCGGAGCAGGAGAGACCCCGAUCCCCCAGCAGCACCCCAGGAAGCGGCAGUGACAGUGAGAGGGAACGGGAUGAUGAUGAUGAUGAGGAAGGCCAGGAGGCAGAAAAACCCAGUAUAAAUAAGGAGCUAUUUGGAGAUGACAGUGAGGAUGAGCAGCACAGUCAACACAGCGGCAGCGACAACCAGUCUGAGCGUUCAGGGAACCAGUCGGACGCCAGCAUGCACUCAGACCAGGGAGAAAACGAUCACUCUGAUGCAGAGCAGCACAGCGGCUCAGAGCGUGGCCAUCGAGAUGAGGAUGAAGACGAGGAGGACGGAGGCCACCGGUCAGAUGGAGGAAGCCCGGCCGGCAGCGGGAUGUCCGGAGCAGGGAGCCCUCGCUCUGAGAGGGGAAGUGUGCGUUCAGACAGGAG